UUGAAAUUUAGUCAUAUUCUUUAGAGUAAACAUUUACGAGAAUUACAAAGACCUUGAAAUGAAUGCAUCUAUUUAGGGGUGUCUGCAAAGAAGAAUUCCACAAGCUAUCACACACAUUGGAAAGAUGACCAUCCUUCAUAAGAGACAGUCACAUGUAAAAUAUUGGUGUAUAGUUGAUCAAAGGGUUUAACAAUGUAACAAGCUAGAUGUUGACUCAAUUGUUUCACUGUUAAUCACUUAACCAAAAGCCAUAUAUUCAGUGUAAAACAAGUCUGUGUGAACAUCAUGGAGCAGAUGGAAAAGUACAAUGUAUGGGCUGCUUAUUAUUUUAUAAAGAAACUGUUGAAAAUAGGCUGCCAUCAAUCUGUCAACAAUGACGGUCAGGUGAAAAUGACUAAAUAAAGUUGUGUAGGUGAAAGUACAUGGAGAAGUUUUGGUGCAGGUCUAGUCAUUAUAAUGUUACAUUGUGUUAUGUGAUAGAACAUGCAUUCAUAUAUAUCAUUCUGAGGUUGCGGUGAAAAACUGGAUUUUUUAACUAAACAAAGAGGAAACUAUAUCACCUACAAGGAUUGGUGUUGAUAAAUUGUGUCAAGUGGAUUCUACUUCAUAGUCCAAUGGAUCAACAGGAACCAGUUGACAACUACAGUGGAUACCUUGGACAUGAUCCACUCAAUGUUGCAGUUUCCACGGCAGAUGUUAAAUUUACAGACUACCUACAUCCUUUAGCAAGCAAUUCACAGGACGUGGAUAAGAAUACAGGACCAGUUCCACAACAUCCACACAAAGACAUCAGAUAUCCACAGAUAAAUAGCGUCCAGAAGAAACCAGUGAAUAUGAGGGAGUUGAGAUUUGAUUCUGGUGUGGCUGACCUUGACCAGUCCAUUUCUCCAGUGACUGGUACCCCAUCACCAAGCUCAACAUUUCGUCCUAUUAGUACAAAUAAAACCUAUGACUAUGCUGAGUAUGGAUCACAUCAAUAUGAGGAACUGCCACAUUCCAGAUUACAACCUAAUGGUCCACAAAUGUCACCAUGUUCUUCAUCAUCUGAUAAUCAGUCGUCUACUGGCACCACUGUGACGAUUUCUGAUGUCCCAUCAGAUGCUGGAGACACAGCAAAUAUUAUUAAAAGUCAGAGUCAGAAAGAUGAGGAGCAAAGGAAAAGAUACAAUCCACUGUAUGAUACCAUGAUCAAUGCAACACCCAGUAUAUACAACAAAGUCAGAGUCACUAGAGAAAGCAUGUUACAGACCCAGAUCAAACUCCUUAGAUUGGUUGUAGUUAUUUUGAUCUUCAUCUCCUGUAUUUCACUCUCUAUUAGUUUAUACCUCAUCAUCUCAAACUCAUCAGACUCAUCAGUACAGAAUCUCCAAGGUGAAGUAUCAUCAUUGAAAGAAAAAUACAGCAAUAUUGAAAACAGAAUAAAGCAAGUUGAGAGUUUAAUGGCUGGUAAUUUGUCAUUUGAACAUUUGGCACUAUUGGGUGAAAAGGUAUAUGACCUUGAAUCAGUAGUGUCAUCAAACUUUACUUCAGUCGAUAAGAAAAUACAAGUGACAAAUAGUGCUGUGACUUUAAAUCAGGGAAAUAUUUUAUCUGUGUCUCAGAACUUUACAUCUACUCUUAGUGCAAUGAACAAUACUGUGCAGGAUCAACUGGAUAUAAUCAGUAAAAUGCCCGGACCACAGGGACCUGAAGGUGUAGGCAAUUUGACAGCAUGUUUCCUGCAGGAAUAUUCUCAAGGAUCAAGAUUACAGGAAGCUCAAACAGAGACAGAUGAGUUUCCAUUAGAUAGUGAUCUAAAGACAAAAGUUGUGAUGUCAGCAUAUUGUUCAGUGGUGAAUGGAUUAUAUACUAGAAUGGAAGUGAAAAGACCUUCACAGGCAGACUAUAGAACAGUUAAAUAUCAAUGUAUAUGUUGGGGGGCUGUCUCUGGAGAAAGUUUCAGAUAUUGUAAAAUUUUCUUAUGGUUAUGUCCAAGGGAGAGUUUUGGUGGAAACACGUGAAGAAAGUUGUUAAACAGCGAAUUUUCUUAGAUUACAUUGUUUAACAUUGCUGAUUACUCAAAUUAAAACAGCAACAUUUCACUCAAGACGGAACUAGGUAAAAUCCAGUGCUACUAUUAAAAAAGAAUUGUUCUUGUCUGUGACAGUCACUAUCUAUAGGUUUUCUAAAUGUUUCAAGCUAUGAUAACAAGCAAAUAUUGUAAAACCUCCUUACCUGAUUACUUUCGGGCAUUAGAUUACCUGCUAUAAGUGUAGUAGUUAUAAAUAAGAAGAUGUGGUGUGAGUGCCAAUAGUGCAUACUUUACCAUGCAUCUAGUUCAGUAUUGUAUUUUUUUUGCAAUAAGGUGCUAUUUUUUUCCAUUAUCUAUAAAGUUCAUAGUUGGGCAUUUUAUAUGUAAUAUUAUAUUGUCUCAAUUAGACUCAAAUAGGCAGGAGCAUAACACAGCUUGGUAUUCAAACUUCAAGCACUACAGGAAGGUGUAUUGAUGAGUCAAAACAGGAAACAAUGCAUGUAUCACAGAAAAUAGAUGAACAAAAACCAUGCAGAAAGUCAAAACUUCAUAUUUUGUUAUUGUUGUUUAGAUAAAUGGUCCUUUACAGGGAAGGGAAACACUGUUUUGAAAUUCAAAUUUAAAACUACAAUACUAUUUAUCUCUUUACUUUAGCUUUUAUGGAAUUGAUAAACAAAAUGUAUGAAUUUACGAUUCCAAUCAGAAUAUUCAGGUGGCAUGAGUUGGAUGCCAUGACAUUUUAAGAUUCUCCUAUCUAACAUUAUAAACAAAUGUUACAUAAGAAUUUGAGUUUAUAACCUUCCAAUCAGUUUUAUGAUUUUUUAAAGGUUAUCAAGUUAUUUUUAUACCAUACCAGCAGAAGUUAAUACUGUUUAGGUUAUGAUAAUGAAAUUUCUUUGAAAUAUGGUAGUAAGAAUAAGCUAGUCCAGUUGGUGCUUUAAGGUAUAGGACUGUUCAAAAGUGAGUAGCCAAAAAUUCACAAGUUUGCAACAUUGUUCAGUUUUGUGGAAUGACACUUUACUCAAAAUUCACAUAAAAAUUAUUGUGAGAAUUUCUUAUGAAUAUUUGAAUUAAAAUAUAAUUAUGCCUUUUAUUUUUUUGGUAAAUUUGAUGACAAAAACAUAAUAAAAUGUUUUCCCUCAAAAUGUCACAUGGCUUUAACAAGAGUUUUGUUUGUUUGUGAAAUUCACAUUAAAACUAAUUGAAUUUUUACAACAACAAAAAAAAAUCAUUUCACAUGAAUUUCACAGAAAACAAUCAUUCACAUGAGCAAAAGUUCCCAUGUAGAAACCAAAGGUAAAUCUUUUAAAGAUGAAUGUUUCAUGAAAAUUUAAUAUCAGAUAAGUCACAAUUAUUAUUUUUAAAAUUCUGAUUUCAAAUAAACUGUUUUGUGAUAUUUUGGUUUAGAUACUAAUUUUGGUUUUCUUCUACAUGUAUGUUUUCAGUACAAUUAUGUUAAAGUGUAAUAAUUUCAGUGUUAUGUUUAAGUACAUAUGAUCCAUUUAUUAAGUAUGUACUUAGGUGAAAUUUUAAAAAUCUAGAAUUUAAAAUUGAUACUUUAAGUCAGAAGAGCAUUAUUUGAGAAACAAAAUAAGCUAAAAAUAUUGAUAGGUGAUGGAGCUCCUUUUCGAGAUAUUUAAAAAUGGCAAGAAAAGGACGACUCGGACUUUUACCUUAUAUUUGCAUUGAUAUUAUUUGGGUCUCAAAUCGAAAGAAGAGAAAUCUAGAAUCUGCUUAAAUUUUGGUAAAUGACCUUUUAUUAGCUAUUGAAGUCUUAUAUGAAAAGAAAAAUGGGUGUUAUGGGGCAAAAUAUUUUACCCUGUUUUCGUAGGAAAAUAAAGAAGGAGUUCGAACAUCUGACAAAAAUUCCUAAACCUGACCUAAGUACAUCCUUAACAUAAAGUCCUUUAGAUUUAACCCUGUGAGUCCGUUGGUUGAGCACAAAGAUAAGUUCCUUCAAAAUAAACUUUAAUACUGUUAUAAUAUUUGUUCAACAUUCCUUGGUAAUACAAAUGUUAUGACAAAAGUGCUUUGUGUCUUUUUUGUUUGAAUGUCACAAUUCCAGUCAACUUGAUAUAUUAUUAUCUUUUGCUCAAAUUAUGUUUUUUUUUUUUUUGUAUUAUGCAUAAUAGUUUUUUUUUAGACAUCAUUUCAUCUGUCAUUUGUAUUUUUACCUUUCAUUUUACCAUAAGAGUUAUUACCCCAAUUUCAUUUAUAAAUGGAUCAUAAAAGUAAUCAGACUGCUGGAUAAACAUUUCUUACACUAGCACACAAGUAAGUGUAUCUCUCACCAUAAAUUAAAAUGCAAAGUAUUAUACAAAGUCAAGAAAGGCUUGGGAUUUUUCAGCUAGUACAUAGAAAACUUAGUUUGCUUAGUAUAAAGAUUCAUAUUUGUAUGUGUUUUUUUUAAAUCAACUUUUUAUUAUGUAGUUUUUCUAAUACAAAUACAUAUUAUGAACAUUACCGGUAUUCACCAUUUAUCAGUUCAGUAAUUUCAGAUUUAUAUAUAUAAACUUAGUUAUGAAGUCCCAUUCUUUAUUAAACUUUUUUAGUUUUCAGUAAACAGUCAGAUAUUUGGAUCUCCAGUUUAUUUUUACUAUUUCGUUUCUAUUCCUAAUUGUGUUCAUUAAUUGAUCUUGAAUAUGGUGCUAGUUGCACAGAAACAGAUGUUAACUAUUGUUUUAAAAGUUCAUUUAUGCAUUCAGAAUUCAGAACUAAAUAGCUUUAUAUGAAAAAUGAUUUGUGUUGACUACAUUGCAUUGUUUAAUUAUGUUGUUAAAUUUGAUUAUUAAAUAAACAAAUUUAUUAUUACAAA